GGCAGGUCCUGCAAGUGUUCGAGCAGUACCAGCGCGCCCGGACGCAGUUCGUGCAGGCGGUGGCCGAGCUCGCCGCGCGGCCGCAGAACGUCGGCCUUCUCCAGAGCGCAGAUCAAUCAUUGCUUAUAACAGAUGGAAUGUAAUACGGUGUAAUUUCAAGGCAGAGGUUCUGCUGGCAUAUGGAAUGAGUGACGUGCCAAUGUCAGCUCACCUGGACCUCCAGAUGGAGUUUCCUGUGCACAGUUCAACAGGUGUAGUGUCUUUGCUGAGACCUCUUUUGCUGGAUGUCGUCCCAACUGUUCAACAGUCUGCUGCUUUGGCUCUUGGGAGACUUGCUGAUUGUAACAAUGACCUGGCAGAGGCAGUUGUGAAGGGAGACAUUCUUCCACAGCUCCUGUGUUCAUUAUCUGAGCAGAAUCGUUUCUACAAGAAAGCAGCUGCAUUUGUGCUAAGAGCAGUUGGUAAACAUUCUCCACAGCUAGCUCAGGCAAUAGUUCAGUGUGGAGCACUGGAAAUGCUUGUGAUUUGCUUAGAAGAUUUUGACCCUGGAGUCAAAGAAGCUGCAUCUUGGGCACUUACGUACAUUGCCCGACACAAUUCAGAACUGUCACAAGCUGUGGUGGAUGCAGGAGCUGUUCCUCUUUUAGUGCUCUGUAUCCAGGAGCCAGAAAUUGCUUUAAAAAGGAUUGCUGCUUCAACUCUCAGUGAUAUUUCAAAGCAUUCUCCAGAGUUAGCACAGACAGUAGUGGAUGCAGGAGCUAUCGCUCACUUAGCUCAGAUGAUCCUGAACCCCGAUGCUAAACUGAAGCGUCAGGUGCUGUCAGCUCUAAGCCAAAUAGCAAAGCAUUCAGUGGAUCUUGCAGAGUUGGUGGUUGAAGCAGAAAUUUUCCCAGUUGUGCUCACAUGCCUGAAGGACUCAGAUGAAUAUGUCAAGAAAAAUGGUGCAACUUUAAUUAGAGAGAUAGCAAAGCAUACGCCUGAGCUUUCACAGCUUAUAGUAAAUGCAGGUGGAGUUGCCGCUGUGAUUGAUUGUAUUGGCAGCUGCAGAGGGACUGUCAGACUGCCUGGCAUCAUGACACUUGGUUAUGUAGCAGCUCAUUCGGAGAACCUGUCAAUGGCAGUGAUUGUCUCCAAGGGAAUACCACCACUGUGUGUCUGCCUUAUAGAAGAACAUGAAGAUCAUAUUAAGGCAGCAGCUGCUUGGGCCUUGGGACUUAUUGGAAGACAUACUCCUGAGCAUGCACAUGCUGUUGCUGCAGCAAAUGUGCUACCCACACUGCUUGCUAUGUAUCUGAAUACAAACAGUUCAGAAGAUCUUCAAAUGAAAACUAAAAAAGCCUUAAAGAAUAUCCUUCAGAAAUGCACACAUCUUCCAGCACUUGAAUCGUUGCUGCAUGAUGCUCCUCUCAAUAUUAUGAAAUAUAUUGUUGGGCAGUUUAGCAAGGUGUUACCACAUGACAGCAAAGCACGCCGUCUCUUUGUAACAACUGGGGGACUUAAAAAGAUUCAAGAAAUAAAAGCAGAACCUGGGUCACUUCUUCAGGAAUAUAUCAACACUAUUAACAGCUGCUAUCCAGAGGAAGUAGUAAGGUAUUAUUCCCCUGGAUAUCCUGAGACACUUCUGGAAAGGGUGGAAAAUUACCAUCCAGUUUUCUGAACUUUUAAAGCCGUAUUUCAUGUGUGCCUUUAUGAUUGUAAUACAAAUACAGCUAUUGAAAUUCUUGAUUCUGAGGUCUCCUUCUGCUGUUUGAACUACUGAAAGAGCUCAGCAAUUCCAACAAGCUAUAUUUUGUUCUUUCUAACUUGUUGCUAAGCUUUUGUUUUUCUCUAACAUUGCUAGCAGAUAUUGCUGCCUAUAUGGAUGGAAUUUCAUGCAGGGGUGAUGAUUUAUCACAGAAGCUUUUUUAGAAUCAGUCAUUUCCUUUUCCUUCCACAAGAAAGGUUUGUUAUUAUCUCAUUCAAAUUUUAGCCUCUCAGUACUGUAACCAUUUUCCCUUUUUGCCUUUGCGUAUUGUUUAGAGCUUCCCAAGCUUGAUGAGGGGGAAAAAGCUGGCCCCUGUGCUUUUUCUAAUUAUGGAAUCCAUUCUGCACUGAGAUAUCUUCUCCUGCUACCUUUCAGAAAGUCAAGUGAUGUGAUUUUACACCUCCAAACAUGGUAGUAGCUGCUGAAUAAAGAAAUAAUCAGUUUUGAUGAUGAUAGAAGGGCUGAAUUCUGUGUAAUAUGAUGUGGUGGUCCUGGCAUUGCACAUAAUGUAUCUUCUGUAAAAGUCUUCUUAAUUAAGGCAGAUUCACUGUGUAUGGAAGGAGGAAUAGACUGUUUGGUGUAUGCAUCGCUGUUCCUCUUGGAAAGGACAGAGUGAACUUAGAGCUUCCACAGGCACAAAGGGAGGGACACUGGGAGGUUCAGCUCUGUUUGUAUCAGCAGCAAAUUUGUGUGGCUCAGAAGAGAGAAUUGCCUGGCUGCAGAAACACUGUUAGGAAAGUUCUGAGCACGUUCAGAGGAAACCUGAGGAUACUUGAGUCCCACUGAUCUGAGUGGUGGGACUAAGGCUGCUCAAUACUUAUUCUUUAGGAGCCGAAAUUGCUGCUGAAUUGAGUUGAAACACAGUUAGAACGUAGUCUUGAAGUUGCGGAUCAUAUUGACGUGGAAGUUAUUUGAGUUAUGAGCUCUUGCUUGUUUGUAGAACAUCCUGGAAAUAUUUUUGCCUUCUUAUGUAGAGUGAGAAGACUUCUAUGUUCUGCUUACUUUUCUGGUGUACUGUAGCAGCAGGGAGCAGCAUACAACCCUUUUGUAUUCCCUAAUAUGUAAAUGUCACUUACCAUUUUUUGUUCUUCUAACCAUUUUUCUUUUCCUUAUAUGCAGCAGGGUUUUUUUUUCUUUCUUUCUUUUUUUUCCCGCCGAAGAGUAACAAACAGUGUUUCUGAAACGGGAUGUUGAAAUACUGGCAGCUGCAAGGAAAGACAAUAUUUGAAAACCCCCUCAGGAGAGAAACUUGUCUACUUUCUUAAACUUAUUAACUGAAUGAGUUUACAAACCAGAGAUAGUCUCUUCUAU